ACCAGGCUGGUUCGAAUUACACCAAUCAUAGUUCGAACCAGGCCGGUUCGAACUAUGUGUGAGACUGACUGUAUAUAUAUGGUUCCAAACGUGAGUUACUCUCAUUAGAGGGAGUAGGAUGGCUAGUGAGGAGAGUUUUGUUGUUUUGGUGCACCACAGAGGAUCUGUUAAUAGAAAAACUCGUUCCGGAGUAAAGUUCACAGAUAAGAAUCCUCUAUGUAUUGUCAUAACAUCUACGACGAGUUACGACGACCUUGUUAGCGCUGUACUAAUGAAGCUUGGUCUGGAGGGUGCGAAGCGGGUAAAGAAGUUUUUCUAUCGCAUUCCAGUCACGGUGCUACAGAAUACGGUGAAGUAUGAUUGCUUCACGAUUAAUAAUGAUGCGGACUUGCAAGUAAUGUUUCUCUGUCGGCGGCAAUUUCCGGAGGUGAGGACACCAGAGUUGUUGGCCCGGCUGGUUGAUGUUGUAUCCAGCUCCGGCGGUUCGAACAGGAAUACGAACACUAUAGCGAAUGCAGCAGGUUCUAGUUCCCGGCCUGCCGUUGCUUCCUCGUCCGUCCCUGUGUACGAACCAGUGGUCCAACAUGUCGCCUCCCCAUCUUUCGCUGUUGACCUCAAUGCCACCGAAGGCGACGAGGUAGUGGAAAGGGAAAAUUUGCCGAACGCUUUAGUGGGAGUUGCACCUGUUGGCGUAGGAGACGGUUUUUUGGACGAUGAAGACGAGGAUGACGUCGAGCCGGAUAUGAUUGACGAUGAUAGCGCUGAUGAUGUUGGAGCGACUGGGCCUGCAUUGGAGGUAGGUGGUUCUAGCUCUGGCACACAGCAGUAUCCACCACAUUUUUCCUCGUUGGACUUGGACGCCAUGAGACAUGAGGGGGUUUUAGGGCACGCUGUUGGAUUCGGAGCUAGAGAUGCGGAAGGGACUACUGGUCUGACAGAGUUCCAGGUUGGUCAGCAAUUCCAGGAUAAAGAUGAGGCCCUUUUAAGUGUGAAGACUUACAGCAUCCGGCGAGGGGUACAGUACAAGGUGGUGGAGUCGGAUCACCGCCGGUAUGUGGGCAAGUGUUCCGAGUUUGGGAAUGGGUGCACAUGGUUGAUUCGACUGAGUCUCCGGAAGCGCAAGGGCAUUUGGGAGGUCAAACGGUACAAUGGACCUCACACUUGCCUGGCCACAUCCAUCUCUAGUGACCACAGGAGUUUGGAUUAUCAUGUGAUUUCGGCUUUCAUUAUGCCAAUGGUUAGGGCCGAUGCAUCCGUGAGCAUCAAGGUGCUCCUGAACGCCACGGCAGCGCACUUUGGUUUUAGGCCGACUUACCGGAGGGUUUGGAUGGCGAAGCAGAAAUCUAUUGCCCUCAUAUACGGUGACUGGGAUGAGUCCUACAACGACCUGCCUAGGUGGGUCUUGGGUGUCCAGCUGACGAUGCCUGGGAGUGUUGUGGUCCUGAAGACGAGCCCGGUUCGAGUUGGAGGACAGGUGGACGAAUCUCAAGCGUACUUCCACAGACUUUUCUGGACUUUCCCGCCCUGCAUCGAGGCAUUCCGUCAUUGCAAGCCGCUAAUCAGCAUUGACGGCACACAUUUGUAUGGGAAGUAUGGGGGAACGUUGCUCAUCGCGAUUGCACAGGAUGGGAACUCCAACAUUCUACCUGUGGCAUUCGCACUAGUAGAGGGUGAGAAUGCGGAAUCCUGGACAUUCUUUCUCUCACACCUUCGACAGCACGUGACCCCGCAGCCCGGUCUGCUGGUUAUAUCGGACAGGCACAACGGCAUCAAGGCUGCGCUUGAGGCCCCUGACGGCGGUUGGCUACCGCCAUCUGCGUACCGUGCAUUCUGCAUACGACACGUAGCGGCUAAUUUUGCCCUAACCUUCAAGGGCAAAGACGCUAGGAGGCUACUAGUGAACGCGGCGUAUGCGAAGACCGAGGUUGAAUUUGAUUACUGGUUUGAUAUCCUGCGAUCUGAAGAUCCGGCGAUGUGUGAGUGGGCGAACCGGAUUGAUUACUCGUUGUGGACUCAGCAUCGUGAUGAGGGGCGGAGAUUCGGUCACAUGACGACGAACAUCUCCGAGUGUGUGAACUCUAUCCUGAAGGGGGUCAGAAAUCUCCCUGUAGCAUCCCUGGUGAAGGCAACAUAUUGUAGGCUUGCGGAACUGUUUGUUCGCAAGGGGAGAGAGGCUGAGGCCCAGAUGGGAACAGGACAACAAUUCAGUCAGCAUUUGGUGAAGUGUAUUGAGGCCAACAUGAAGACGGCCAGGUGCUUCACGGUGACGCUGUAUGACCGGGAUAACUCCGAGUUCACUGUAGCAGAGACUACUCCGACUGGUUCUUUCUCCUUGGGUACUUACAGAGUAUCACUUGCCUCUCGGACAUGUGACUGCGGGUACUUCCAGGCUCUUCAUUUCCCGUGUCAGCACGCACUUGCGUGCUGUGCAUACUCACGGGUCACCUGGACCUCUUACGUUCACAGCGUCUAUCAGAUUAGCUCGGUCUUCAAUGUGUAUCGGAUGGGAUUCACACCUCCCAUCCUGGAGGGCUUCUGGCCACCUUACGACGGGCCCACGGUGAUUCCAGACCCUGCCAUGAGGCGUGCCAGAGAGGGUCGUCCUAGAUCCACUAGGAUACGGACGAAUAUGGACGAGGCGGAUCCGAAUCGGCCAAAGAGGUGCGGCCUAUGUCGCCAACCCGGACACACGCGACGUAGUUGCCCACAGGUUGGAGGCUCGUCUCAGACAGGACACCGUUAGUAUGCAUGUUGUUAGUGUUAGCAUUAUCUACAUUAGUGCGC